GGUGCUGGAGUCACCGUCCCUGGAGAUGCUCGGGUGUCCGGAUCUGGCAUUUGUUGCUAUGGUUCAGGGUUACAGUGGCAGCGCUGGAUGAACACUUGGACUGGAUGAUGCUAAAGGUCUCUUCUUGAUGAUUCAUGGAAUCACAAAAGCAACUAGGUUAGAAAAGCCCUCUGAGAUCAUCAAGUUCAAUUUGCGCAGAACACCAACUUCUCAACCAAGUGCCACUUCCAGGGAGGGGACUCCACCGCCUCCCCGGCCAGCCCAAUGUCUGGCCACCCUUUCUGUGAGGAAAUUCCCCCUAACGUCCAACCCGGCCGUCCCCUGGCGCAGCCUGGCACCGUGUCCGAUGUGUCCCCGCGGUUCCAAAGUGCAGCACGGUGCAUUCCGAGGGCAGGGCGGUGCCGGGAGAGCUCCGGGCCGUGAGGAGGGGCAGCGACAGCUGAGCGGCACGCUCAACAUGGCGGCCGACACACCCCUCACACACCCCCCUGCUAUCAUCACUUUUCAUUGGCUGGAUGCGAUGUCAGUCUUUGUCCGCAGCCAAUCAGCGCUCGCGGAGCGGCGCGGCGGGCGGGGCCGCGGCCUGCGGCGGUGNACCCGCCUGGCCCGAGACUUCGGCGUGGAGCACGGGCGGGUGGCCGAGGCCGCCGCCAAGGUGCUGCAGGCCCGCGAGCAGCGCAGGGAGCCCGGGGCGCUGCUGCAGGCCGAGGACCGGCUCCGUUACUACCUGAACCCCCAGUACCGAGGGCUCUUCGCUCACCUGGGCCGGCUGGAGGGCGGGCUGCGCUUCCUCGUGGAGCUCAGGGCCGACCUGAUGGAGGGGCUGGCCAGCAAAGCGGUGGAUGGGCCCCACGUCAAGGAGAUGAAUGGAGUUCUCAAGAACAUGCUCUCCGAGUGGUUCUGCACAGGAUUCCUCAACCUGGAACGGCUCACAUGGCAAUCCCCUUGUGAAGUACUCCAGAAAAUCAGUGAUUCUGAAGCUGUGCAUCCUGUCAGAAACUGGGUUGAUAUGAAGCGUCGAGUUGGGGCCUAUAGAAGGUGCUACUUCUUUUCUCACUGUGCCAUCCCAGGAGAGCCACUGAUUGUCCUGCACGUGGCACUAACCAGUGACAUCUCCAGCAGCAUCCAGGCCAUAGUGAAAGAAGUGCCUCCUUUAGAGACAGAAGAUCCAGACAAAAUCACAACAGCAAUUUUCUACUCCAUCAGUUUGACUCAGCAGGGCCUGCAAGGGGUGGAACUUGGGACUCACCUCAUCAAAAGAGUUGUCAGAGAGCUGCAGGAAGAACUUCCUCAGAUAAAAGCUUUUUCCACACUUUCACCUAUCCCAGGAUUCACAAAAUGGCUCGUUGGUCUCAUCUCCUCCCAGACUAAAGAACAGGGAAGGAAUGAACUUUUUACAGAGUCGGAAUGGCAGGAAAUCUCUGAGAUCACGGGAGACUCCAGCAGCGAAACCCUGAAGAAGCUGUUGAACACCAACGAGUGGGUGAGGUCAGAGAAGCUGGUUCAGGUGCUGCGCUCCCCCCUGAUGAGACUCUGUGCCUGGUACUUGUAUGGGGAGAAGCACCGAGGCUACGCCCUCAACCCAGUGGCCAAUUUCCACCUGCAGAACGGCUCAGUGCUCUGGAGGAUAAACUGGAUGGGGGACACCAGCCCCCGGGGCAUCGGGGCCUCCUGUGGCAUGAUGGUCAACUACAGAUAUUUCCUGGAGGAGACAGCCUCCAACAGCGCCCUGUACCUGGGCUCCAAGCAGGUCAGAGCCUCCGAGCAGGUGCUGGCCUUGGUGUCCCAGUUCCAGCAGAACAGCAAGCUGUAGCUACCUACCAGGAGCACUCAGAGUGAAUGAUCCUGACUGCAAAGAGCUGUAAUCAUCUGCACUUCUUCACUUAAAUCAGAAUGUACCCCCUAGGACAAAUGUGCUCCGAGUUCCCUGGGUUAGCAAGGUCUUGCUGACGUGGCUGUGUACUCAAACCUGUUUGAAUCACCUCUGGUGUGUGCAGAGGGGCUGGAGUUGUGUUAAUGGAGAGUAAAAUCCUCUUCAUCAGUUACAGCCCAGGGGUAGCUUGAAUGGAAAAUACCUGAGCCAACAUCAUUCUGUUGGUAAUAUAAAUUGUAUAAGCUGUCUUUGAAGGGAGCUGCACUUCUCUGUCAAAAUGCUGCUAUAGAUUGUUCAGAACCAAAGUACCUGGAAUAAAGGUAAAUUUUGGGUCAAAUAUAUUAUCAAAACAGAAAUCUGCAGUUUUAUUUCUACAAUAUCUGUCUUCUGCACAAAAAAAUCUCAUGUAAAACUUCCUGGUAUUUUCAUUUUUCAAGCUAAAACUCACUGAAUCCUUGCUUUGAUGCAGUGUGGAAAAGCCUUGUACUAAUCAAAAAAAAAA